UAAAAAAGAUGUCCCCUCUUUCUCUCUCCUCUCUCUCUCUAGAAAGGACGUUCGAGCUCCCGGGCUUUUGCCUUCUUCAGAUCCUCAAUUCUUAUUUUUCGAAGACCUAGGCUCAAACUUUGAGGUUAUUUGCCGGAAUCCGGCAGCCAAAUCGCCCCUCCAAAGAGUUUUCCGGCAUGGUAGGGAGCGUCAAGGCUGUCGAUCCCUUGGCCCAUUAGCCCCUGCUGAAAAUAGAGGUGGCCCAGACCAAAAGUUCUCCUUUUCACUGGUUUUCCUUCUCCAUAUUUUGCAGAAAACUGGGGAUAUAUGAAUGGCCUGGAGAGAAAUGAGGGCAAAGGGUGCUUCUAUCACUCAAUGCUUAAUUAAAGCUCUGGCUAUUACAAAAUCAGGGAACCGGCUCCCACCAAUCUCUAGCCUAAGCGGGAAUGUACCACCAGGUUUCCUCUUUAAUACCUUCCAAGGUGGUCGCAAGCCCAUGAGUUUUAGCAAGGGUCACAUUAUCCGUUGUUUUCAUGCGAGUCCUGAACUAUUAGCGAGGAGAUCAUCACAGGAGCCAUUUAAUUUGAAGCCUCCUAAAAGAGAGAAACGUGUGAAAAGGGACAAGACCCAACCACCUGUUGAGGCACGAUAUGUACCUACACCAAAAAAACCUGCAAAACCAACAAAUACUAGAACUAUUGAUAUUUUUGAAGGCAUGGCACUUGUAGAACUUGCUAAGCGAACAGGCGAGGGUAUUGCUUCUCUGCAAAACAUCCUUGUCAAUGUAGGCGAGAAAGUUGACUCCGAGUUUGAUCCUAUCAGCAUUGAUGUUGCAGAGCUGGUUGCAAUGGAAGUAGGAGCCAAUGUGAGGCGUCUCCACUCUGAAGAAGGUGCCAAACUUGAGCGAAGACCGCCGGUUGUAACAGUAAUGGGUCAUGUUGAUCAUGGAAAAACUUCCCUUCUCGAUGCUCUUCGACAAACUUCUGUUGCAGCUAAAGAAGCUGGUGGAAUAACCCAACAUGUCGGUGCUUUUGUUGUGGCCAUGCCGUCUGGGGCUUCAAUCACUUUCUUAGACACCCCAGGCCAUGCAGCCUUCAGUGCAAUGAGAGCAAGGGGAGCAGCAGUUACAGAUAUAGUGGUUCUUGUGGUGGCUGCCGAUGAUGGGGUGAUGCCCCAAACUCUCGAAGCCAUGGCUCAUGCAAAAGCUGCAAAUGUGCCCAUUGUGGUUGCUAUCAACAAGUGUGACAAGCCCUCUGCUGAUCCUGAAAAAGUUAGGAUCCAGCUUUGCUCUGAAGGUUUAUCGCUGGAGGAAAUGGGUGGCGAUGUUCAAGUUGUUGAAGUUUCAGCAACAAACAAAAUUGGUUUGGAUAAGUUAGAGGAAGCACUGCUUCUUCAAGCUGAGUUGAUGGAUCUUAAAGCACGUGUAGAUGGGCCUGCCCAUGCUUAUGUAGUGGAGGCGAGGCUUGAUAGAGGGCGUGGGCCUUUGGCAACUGCGAUCGUGAGAUCAGGAACUCUCGUUUGUGGCCAACAUAUUGUUGUUGGAGCAGAGUGGGGGAGAAUUAGAGCUAUCAGGGAUAUGAUGGGUAAGGUUACUGAGCUAGCAGGGCCUGCAAUGCCCGUUGAGAUUGAGGGUAUUAGGGGACUUCCAAUGGCUGGUGAUGAUAUCACUGUUGUGGAUUCAGAGGAAAGAGCAAGGAUGCUUAGUGUAGGGAGGAAGAAGAGAUUGGAAGAAGAGAGGCUGAAGAAUCUCAAUGAAGGUAGGAUGGAAACUUCUGGAACAGAUGAAGGAACAGAAAGGGUGGAGAUGCCUAUUAUAGUUAAAGCUGAUGUGCAAGGUACUGUUCAGGCAGUGACAGAUGCCUUGAAGAGCCUAAACAGUCCUCAGGUUUUUGUAAACAUUGUCCACACUGGGGUUGGGCCCAUCUCUCAGUCUGAUGUUGACUUGGCACAAGCUUGUGGAGCAUGCAUAGUGGGGUUCAACAUACGCAACCCACUAAGUUCUGUUAUUCAGGCAGCAAAUCGAGCCAGCAUAAAGAUACGGCAGCACCGUGUCAUUUACCAUCUUCUUGAGGACAUAGGUGACCUCAUUGUGAACAAGGCACCAGGUAUCAAUGAGACCAUGGUGGCAGGUGAGGCUCAAGUGCUCAGUAUCUUCGAGCUCACGGGGAGGAGCAAGGCAAAGGGUGCAGAUGUGAAGAUUGCAGGCUGCCGAGUAACUGAUGGUCGAGUCACUAAGUCUUCAACCAUGAGACUUCUAAGGAGUGGUGAAGUUGUUUUUGAGGGCUCAUGUGUCUCGAUCAAGAGAGAGAAACAGGAUGUUGAGGCUGUUGGGAAGGGGAACGAGUGUGGGUUGGUCAUCCAAGACUGUCAUGAUUUCCAGGUCGGAGACAUUGUACAGUGCCUCGAGCUUGUAAACAGGAAACCCAAGUUCAUAUCAUCAGAAAGUGGAGCUGUGCGUAUCGAAUGUUGACAUUUUUGGAGACCCAAUCCUGGUGGCUUAUUUGAUUAAUCUGUUUGAUAGUUUGCUGUUUUCUUGGAGGAUAGUGGGUAGGAAAGCUGGUCCCCAUUGGGUUAAGAUGUUUUGUGGAUGUUCAUUUAUUAUAUUUCUUGUAACUUUUAUUUCCUUCCUUUUUUAAUGAUUUUUAUUGGGUGACUGUGGGUAGUGGUCGUUAGUAUUUAAUUGAGGAGAAUGGUGGACAAGCUUUCUAGCUUCUUUUUGAGUCGUUUAUUAAGUAUCUGCCUUUGUUACAAUUGAAGGGCAAAGGUUUUUGGUUCAUGGCAAUAAUUUUGAUAGUUCAUGUGUACAAUAUUAGCAAAGAGACUCUAUAGGAUGUAAAGUGAAAGGAAAGAGAGGAAAACCAAUUUUGAGUU